AUGAGCGCGGGUUCGAUUGAGCAAGAGCCGUCGCGCAAGCUGGCCUGCUGCGGGGUGCCCCUCAUCACCGAGGACAUGCAGUCCCUGGCCAUCCGCACCCUCUCGGGCACCGACAUCAGCAAGCACUACGACCUCAUCCGCGAGCUCGGCAAAGGCACCUACGGCAAGGUAGACCUGGUGUCCCACAAAAGCACAGGCACCAAGAUGGCCCUAAAGUUCGUCAACAAGAGCAAGACAAAGCUGAAGAACUUCCUGCGGGAGUUCAGCAUCACCAAUACGCUCUCCUCCAGCCCCUUCAUCAUCAAAGUCUUUGACGUGGUCUUCGAGACUGAGGACUGCUACGUCUUCGCUCAGGAGUAUGCCCCCGGUGGGGACCUCUUCGACAUCAUCCCGCCACAG